UCUCUUUUCGCUUUAAUCGGGUCAGCUCCUGUCGUUUGAUGCUUCCGGCGAUCGCCGGAGAGAGAGAGAGGAACAGAUGGACGACACGGCGAUGAGCGCGAAGCCGAAGCGGGACUGGCCUCAGGUCCCUCCCAACUACGUCAGCCUCAGGGACCUCCAGGAGCUCCGGCGGAAGGAGAAGGAGCAGCAGGAGAGGGAGCGGCAACGGGGGGUGGAGGCCGUGCGGGGAGAAGGGGCAGCGGCGGCGACCCCGGCGCCUAAGGCGGAGGAGCGGAGGGGCUCGUCGGAGAAGCCGUGGGGCGGCGGCGGGGAGAGGAGCUACUACGGGGCGAAGAAGUGGGCGGCCGUGGCGCCGCCGACGCCGACGCGCGCAGAUUGUGCGGCGAGGAAGGUGGGUGGGGAUGUAGGCGUCGUGGAUGUGGCGCACCGGGAAGAUGCGCCGCGGCCGACACCGACGCGCGCGGGAGUUGCGGGGAGGAAGGUGGGUGGGGCGAUGGAAGUUGAGGCUGUUGCGCAACGGGUGGCGCCGGGGCCGUCGCCGUCGCCGCAGUAUGCCGCGAAGAAGAUGGACGGGGCAACAGGAGUCUUGGCUGUGGCGCAACCGGAGGAGCCGCAGCCGCGCCGGCUCGGGGAGGAUGAGGCGAGGAAGAGGGAGGGGCCGAUAGGAGGCCGCGCCGUUAAGGGGGCCGACGAGACCGCGGCCAGUGCGUUCCAAGCGGGAGCCAAGCCGGAUAGCAAGGGGAAGGGAAAGGUCGCCGCGAGCACGAUAGAGCCAAGAGCACCGGCUGAGGCGGCCACCGUCUCGUCGCCCGGCGGCACGCCUGAGGAGGAGAGGAAGGGCAAGGUCAAGGGCAAGGCCUCGGGAGAUCAGAGCACAGCACCGGCGACGAGCGGUGCACCACGCGAACCGACCGAGGCGGCCAGUGCAUCAUCCGGAGGCCGCGGCAAGCCGGCGAUCCAUCGCAUCCGGAGGAAGGGCGGGGUUGGUCGGAGCUCAGUAACGGCCACGCCGGGCGACACAUCUUGCGUCGUCGAGCAGCACAACAAGGGGAAGAAGAAAGCCUCGGGGGCCAGACACGCAGGUGCGGCGCCGGCUAGCGAUUCGUCGGACAUGAGCCUGCCGGCGCUGACCAGCAACUCGCCGGACGGGAAGAGUGUCCAGCCGGCAUCGAUCAACAAUUCCCCGGACGGUACGAGCGCCCAGCAGUCCCCGGCAGCUGACUUCAGCAGCAGCCGGAGGAGCGGCGGCGCGCUCGGGAAGACCGGGGAGACGAAACCACCGGGGCUUGUAGGGGAGAAGCCACCGGCGAUGGACUCCAAGGCGAUCACAGCACGAUUGAUUACGGUCACCAUGGGCUCAGCCAGGCUGCCGUCCAUCCGCAGCCCAAGGCAGCAGCACGCCGGCGGGCAGCCCGGCGGCGUGUGGGUGCCCAAGGCGGUAGCUCCCGCACCAUCGCGACAUUUCCAAUCGUUUAGGAAGAACAGUUAGGGCUUCUUUGGGCGCCGGAUUCUUCCUGCUUCCCGCGGGAUUUCCCCCUUUUGAAUGGCGGGAUUCUUCCUACUUACCGCGGGCUCCUCUGUAAAAUUCAUGAACAAUUAUUGUGAAAAAUCCCCUUUUGAACCACCUGAAUGGUGGAAUCUCUGUAGGAUUUUGUGAAUAUUUUUGUCUCUCCUUCGAAUUGCAAUCAAAAUUAACUGGAAUUUGGGACGAAUUCCACCAGGUAAUGAUUUGUAUUUUCGUAUCGAGCCCAAUAUGCAAGUAUGCUAACGAUUCAUUUGAUGAUCAGCAGGUUCCUAGUCUGGUCAAAAUUGUGACGGGAGAGUAAUGAAGAUC